UCAAUGGCUUUUUUCUCCAUGGAGAUAGAAUAAUUGAAGGUAAAUUAAUAAAGAGAGAAUUCGUAUACAUAAAGUGUAAAUACGUAAAAAAAUCUGUUUAGAAAGUUUAUUAAGAUCAUAGACGUAUACGGUGAAAAAAUGGACGAAGCUAAAUUUCUAAAAAGGAAGGUAAGAUCUGGUACAUUAGAUGUUCAUCCAACAGAAAAGGCUUUAGUAGUAAAUUAUGAUGUUGAAGCACUGAUAUUAGGAGAAUUAGGAGAUCCUAUGCUUGGUGAUCGCAAGGAAUGUCAAAAGAUAAUUAGACUUAAAAGUUUAAAUGCGGAUACAAAUGUUUCCCUCUUAGCAAAAGAGGUAAUUGAAAAAUGUUCAUUAAUACAUGAAUCCAAGCUACGUGAGGUUGAGCAAUUAAUUUAUUAUUUACAAAAUCGUCGGGCCAAUGAUACUAGUACAGGUAGCGAAAGUAAUCCUCAGCCAUUAAGACCAACGUCAUCAAAUUCAGUGACCACAGAAAAUGGUGAAGUUGAACGUGCAGUCAUUAGUAAUGUUGAUAAUUACAUUGAGUUAUUAUAUGAGGAGAUACCUGGCAAAAUUAAAGGUUCUUCAUUAAUAUUACAACUAGCCAGGAUACCUGAUAAUCUUCUGGAAUUGACAAAAAAUGAAUCAUUAUUAAGUGCAUUAGCCCGAGUCCUGAGAGAAGAUUGGCGACGCAGCAUAGAGUUAUCUACAAAUAUUAUUUAUAUCUUCUUCUGUUUCUCUACAUAUAGCCAGUUCCAUAAUAUUGUGCUUGACUAUAGAAUUGGUUCUCUUUGUAUGGAUAUAAUCGAUUUCGAAUUACGUCGCUAUGAUCAAUGGAAAGAGGAUAUGGAAAAACGCCGAAAACAUUUCGAGAGCACCACUGGUUUAACAUUUUUCCCAACAGGGAAUAAUGAUAAUUGUGAUAGGAAGAUUAAGAUUAUAGAUGAUAUUUGGAACAUGGAAGGUCCAUUAGAUUAUGAGGUCAAGAGACGCUCUACAGACACACCCAUAACUGCAUCUGAAAACGAUAUUAAAAAAUUAAAAGAGGAACUCGAGAAAAAUCGUAAAAAAUUUAAAAGUUUAACCAAGAAACAAGAACAGCUAUUGCGAGUAGCAUUUUAUCUGCUCUUAAAUAUUGCCGAAAAUGCUAUGGAAGUUGAGAGAAAAAUGCGUAAGAAGAAUGUCAUUGGUAUGUUGAUUAAAACAUUAGACAGAACAAAUACUGACUUAUUAAUAUUGGUCAUCACAUUCUUGAAGAAAUUAUCCAUCUUCCGUGAAAAUAAAGAUCUGAUGACGGAAGAAAAUAUUAUAGAUAAAUUACCAAGGCUUUUACAAAACAAUAAUACAGAUCUUGUGUUAAGUACGUUAAAGCUAUUAUUUAAUCUUUCUUUUGAUACCAAGUUGAGAGCAAGGAUGAUUAGAGUUGGCAUGCUACCAAAAUGGAUAAAAUUACUUGGUCAGGCUGAUAUUAAAAAUAAAAGCACAAUUCUGGGAUUACUCUAUCACGCCAGUAUGGAUGAUAAAGUGAAAGCAAUGUUCACAAAUACAGACUGCAUUCCAAUGAUAACAAAUAUGAUAUUGGUUUGUGAAGACGAUCAUAUCAGGUCUGAAUUAAUAGCACUCGGUAUAAAUUUAGCUAUCAACAAUAAGAAUGCGCAAUUGAUGGUAGAGAAUAAUCGUUUACAAGGCCUCAUAAGAUCUGCAUUCAGGAAUCAGGAUGCUCUUAUAAUGAAAAUGAUUCGGAAUAUCUCUCAGCACGAGUCAACAAAAGAGAACUUUGUUGAUUUUGUGGGUGAUUUUGCUAUGGCCUUGACACAAUCUGAUUCUCAAGAUUUUAUAUUGGAAGUGAUUGGUGUAUUGGGUAAUUUGGAAUUACCUGAUUUAGAUUAUUCGCAAAUUAUUCAACGCUGUAAUCUUAUACCAUGGAUACGCAAUAAUUUAGUUCCAGGUAAAGCUCAAGAUGAUUUAGUACUUGAAGUUGUUAUAUUUUUGGGCACUGCAGCUUAUGACGAAGAUUGCGCUCGUCUGUUGUGUAAGGCUGAUAUACUUCUCUCUCUUAUUGAACUUCUUAAAGCUAAACAGGAAGAUGAUGAAAUGGUUUUGCAAAUCAUCUAUGUGUUUUAUCAAAUCGCAAAACACGAUUCAACGCGAGAUUAUUUAAUUCGAGAGACCGGUAAUGAAGCUCCUGGCUAUUUGAUUGAUUUAAUGCACGAUAAGAAUCCUGCGAUCAGAAAAGUCUGUGAUACAUGCUUAGAUGUUAUUGCUAUGUGCGACAAGAAUUGGGCAGCGCGUAUAAAGGUGGAGAAGUUCCGUUCACACAAUCAGCAAUGGCUAGAAAUGGUUGAAUCUACAGCAACAGAUUCAGCUACUCAUUUGCUGCCAGACGAUGAUGACAGUCUGUCUCCAUUUAUGAGCGGUGACCUAUUAAAACAUACCAUACUAUUUCCCUCUGGUAAUGCAGCAUCAUUUAAUGCAGAUGAUGGAUUUUCGAUUAUGAAAAAUUCAUCGGAAUCGUCUGAGAAUCCUAGUCGGCCAGUUAGUAGAUAUCGAGAUCUUGACGAAAUAGGCGAACUCGUGGCGCGUUCUAAGUCUCGCAUGUCCAUUGGUUCAGGUAUAGAGGAUUUAUAUUAUAAUUCUAGAAUGAAAUUUACCGACUCAGAUAGUUCUCAUGUAUUGAUAUGAAGAUUAAUUCAAAUGUUUCGGUGUAGAUACAUGACUUCUCAAAAAGAUUCUCCCUAAGAUAUUUUACAUUAUAUAUGAACAUUAUAUAUGUUUGAUGUAAAAGAAACAAAAAUUUUUGCUGCUAUUUGCAAAGACAUGCCUGCUUAAAUUAAAGAUUUCAUUAUACACACUAUAGAUUGCUUUGAUCUCAUAGUCAAGUUAUAAUUUUAGAGAGUGCCUUUUAUUUAUAUAUAUAUAUAUUU